AUGGAGGAAGAUGGAUCUGCUGUGUCAAUGGAGUCCAGAUUGGAGGCGGCGAAUAUGUGUCAGAGGGUGUUGGCAAAGAUGUUGGAGAACAACAUUGGUGGCAUUAUUGGAAAGACGGAUACUUGCCCUGGAUGGUGGGCUUUGCCUACUCCGUUGAGCUAUCUGACAAGAUACGUGAAGGUUUCAUACUCCUCUUUUUCGUCGUUCGGGCAUAUCAAUCCUCGUGCCUUCAUUUGGUUUGCAAGGGAUGAUGCAACGCCGAUUUUGUUUGCGGUGACAAUAAUGGCAGGUGAUCCUUUGAGGGAGACUUUGCUGUGUCCUGGACAAGGACCGAUGUGGAAGGAUGAUGGGACGGCAGUGGAAGGCAAGCCGCCGAAUUCAAACCACAGGCAUUUUGUUUGGCAAUGUUAUUGUCCGUGUCUUUUUGAUGCUGUGGGAAAGGUGGAGUUUGGAGGAAAGGGUAUUAAGGCAAACCUGUUUGAUAAAUGUGAGUCACAGUUGGAUGGUGUGUAUGACGAGACGUUUGCUAUAGAUUUGGUGGUCUCUGUUACUCGCCAGCGUGGGAAGGAUGGUCAAUUUGUCCCAGGAGAUGUGGUGAUAGUAAAGGCAACAGGUGUGGAAAAGGUGGUGGCUGUUGUGCACCAGAAGUCAUAUUGGGGCUCGGAUGAUGGCAAUAUGAAAUUGUGUUUGUCUGGUAAUGCUGUCCCGUGUGGUGUAUUCAAGGAACUGGAUUGGGUUUGGGCCGUAGCAUUCCUGUUCAUUGGCGCGGAGGAAGCGCAGCCAAGCUGCUCAAAAGGUGGCAGCGUUGUCGGAGACAAUGUUGCAUGGCUGGAGAUCUCGGCGGUUGCAGAAGCUGUGGUGUUGGUGGUUUUGAAGAGUCCAAGUACUAUGGAGCAUUCUUUUAGAUAUUGUUCCUUUUUGGAGGAUUGCCCCCCAGCUGAAGUGAAGGUUUUCAUUGAUAUUGGUUGUUGUGGCCAUGAGGGUGGGUGUGAAAGCCAGGACGGUCCGUUCCACCAGAGGGUGGCGUCUUUUAGAGUGUGGACAGUGCAGCCACGCAAUGCAAGGUCUGCGGGAUUGUCCUCACUGGGGAGGUUUGGAUUCGGAAUUCUGGAUCCAGUUGAGGACAACAGCGGAAGGCGGAUAGCAAAGGCAGCUGCUGAGAGCUCCAAGCGGUUGAUGCGGGGCGAUGAUAGAUUGCGUUUGGGUUCUUCUCAUUGCAAUGCCAAGGGCUUUGCUGCUUGCGUCAGCAAAGAUGUGCUUGGAUCCUGGUUCAAAGGGUGUAGAAGUGACAAGGCAUGGAAUGGCAAGGGUGUGGCAUUGCAGUGCCUGUUGGGCGAUAUUCUUGCCCCCCAGGAUGAUGUCAAAUUCAAUUUUGGAUGCUGUGAUGAGGCGUGGAUCGGCAAGGAGACUUCGGAAUUCAUUGAGGUGUUGGAGGUUGUGUGGGUUUUCUGCUGUCCAGGGUUUGUGAAGAGGUGCAACAAUGGAGGUUGUGAAGAUAGAGAAGUCUUUGUGACGGUGUUGUACGUGAAGUUGGGUAAUUGUACAGAGGAGGUUGACAAGGUGUUGUGUUAUCAUCAUGAGUUGAGAGCCAGAGUCAAGGAGGGCGUAGACGGGUUCUUCAUGUGGAAAAAGGCAUAUUGCAGCAGUCUCAAGGAGGGAAUAUGCGGAUGA